AACUUCGCAUGACAGUGUGAUUACUAAAAACACUUACUGAACAGUGCAUUUUGGAAACUUUCUUGAGUAAAAUUACUUUUAAAAAUCUUUAAAUAGAAAAGGAUUUAUAUCUAACUGACCGUUAAGUGUACUAUGAGUUCAAUUGGAACUGGAUAUGAUUUAUCAGCGUCGCAGUUUUCACCUGAUGGAAGAGUGUUUCAAGUAGAAUAUGCACAGAAAGCUGUUGAAAAUAGUGGAAGUGUUGUUGGUUUGAAGUGCAAAGAUGGUGUUGUAUUUGGUGUUGAAAAGCUUGUGAAGUCCAAACUCUAUGAAUUAUCUUCCAAUAGAAGAAUUUUUACCAUUGACACACAUAUUGGAAUGGCUGUGGCUGGUUUGUUAGCAGAUGCAAGAAAGAUUGUUUCAGUUGCCAGAAAGGAAGCUGCAGAUUAUCGAUCUGAUUAUGGCUCAGAGAUACCAUUAAAGUUCUUGGCUUCACGUGUUGCAUCUCAUGUGCAUACUUACACUUUAUACAGUUUUCUCAGACCAUUUGGCUGUGGUGUCAUGCUCAGUAGCAUUGGGCAAAGUGGACCAGAAUUAUAUUUAAUCGAUCCAUCUGGAGUUACAUGGGGUUAUCAUGGCUGUGCUAUUGGAAAAGCAAAGCAAGCAGCUAAAACUGCCAUUGAAAAGCUUAAGUUGACAGAACUAACAUCAGAAGAAGCUGUAAAAGAGAUUGCAAAAAUAAUUUAUACAGUUCAUGAUGAAGUUAAAGAUAAAAAUUUUGUCUUGGAAAUGAGCUGGAUUACAGAAGCUACUGGAGGAAAACAUCAAUGGAUACCUGAAGAGAUUAUUGAUGCUGCAGAAAAACAUGCCAAGGAGAGUGCAAUGGAAGAAGAUUCCUCAGAUGACGAUGAUGACCUUUGACUUAUAAACAACAUGCUUUGUCAUAUUUUUUAUCAAAAUUAAAUGGUAUGAUUUGCAUUA